AUGAAUGACCAAAUGUGUAAUAAGUUUUUUUUUGUAAGAACCUCGUUUCCUGAUAGAUUAAUUGAGGGAGAGUAUAAAUUUAAUAAUAGUAACCAUUUCAAAGAGUAUUGUGAUAAUGAAUUAUGUGAUAAGGAUGUCGAUAAAAUUAAUGCUGGAUGUUUAUUUUUGUUUGAUGCAAUUUUUAUGGAUUCUUAUUCGUUUAGGAAUUAUGCAAAAAAUAAUAUCAAUAUGGUUUAUUACAUUAUCAUAUGGUUAAGUUAUAUGUUAAGCCUAAAAUCACAUGACAAUAUCAACAAUCUAAAAGAAUUUUAUGAUCAAUAUAUAAAUAAUGGUGAUAAGUAUAUUAAGGCUAUAACGGGUGUUAGUGACUAUAAGAGUUAUAAGGAUCUUAUAGAUAAAAAACAAGAGUUGAUGAAUAUGGAUAUGAAGAUUAUAUCUAAAUUUUAUUAUUCAUUUGUAUUAUUAUGUAAUAUGCAUACUGAAAUUGAUGCAAACAUUUCAAAUUGCAGUAAAUAUUUAGAAAAAGCUCAAGAAUUUGCUAAAAAAUAUGAUGAUCUUAAUGAAGAUUAUAACAAUACUAAAGACAGUCUCUAUAAUAAAAUAUUGUCUACAUUAUCAAAUGAUUAUAAUGUUUUAAAAGAUAAAUGUAAUGCUGCUCAAUCUAUCAAUUUUCCAUCUCUUCCAACUUUUUCACGAAGAUCAGUAAUAAAACACACACUAAUUUCAAUUGCAUCUAUAUUUGUUGCAGUAUCAACUUUCUUGGGAAUUUCUUAUAAGUAUUCGUUAUUUGGAUUUCGGAAACGAUUUCAAAAACAUUUAAGAAAAAGGCUAAAAAAAUGA